AUGGGCCCGGAAACCACGACGACCACAGCUUGUAACACCGUGGCGGGCACGCCGGAGAUGGGGAGUCUGUCUGGGACGGGGGGCAUGGGGGGGGUUGGGAUGGGUCUGGAUGGGGAGGACUACAGCUACUCCAACCAGUCCACCUUCAUCCAGAGACAGUUUGGAGCCAUGCUGCAGCCGGGGGUCAACAAGUUCAGCCUGCGCAUGUUUGGGUCCCACAAGGCCGUGGCCAUGGAGCAGGAGAGACUCAAGUCAGCAGGGGAGUGGAUCAUACACCCCUACAGCGAUUUCAGGUUCUACUGGGACCUGAUCAUGUUGUGUCUGAUGAUGGGGAACCUGAUCAUCCUGCCAGUAGGGAUCACCUUCUUUAAGGAUGAGAACACUCCUCCCUGGAUCAUCUUCAACGUGGUCUCUGAUACUCUCUUCCUGGUCGACCUGGUCCUCAACUUCAGGACCGGUAUCGUCAAGGAGGACAGCACUGAGAUACUGCUAGACCCCAAGGCUAUCCGUCAGCGCUACCUAAAGAGCUGGUUCGCGGUGGACUUUGUGUCGUCCAUCCCUGUGGACUACAUCUUCCUGAUGGUGGACCUGGAGGCCCGGCUGGACUCAGAGGUUUACAGGACGGCCAGGGCCCUCCGCAUCGUACGCUUCACCAAGAUCCUCAGCCUGCUACGCCUGCUGCGUCUGUCACGACUCAUACGCUACAUCCAUCAGUGGGAGGAGAUCUUCCAUAUGACCUAUGACCUGGCCAGUGCCAUGGUGAGGAUAGUCAACUUGAUAGGCAUGAUGCUGCUGCUGUGCCACUGGGACGGAUGUCUACAGUUCCUGGUUCCCAUGCUGCAGGACUUCCCCCUGGACUGCUGGGUCUCCAAGAACAACAUGGUGAAUGAUACGUGGGGGAUCCAAUACUCAUAUGCCCUGUUCAAGGCGAUGAGCCACAUGUUGUGUAUUGGCUACGGUGCCCAGGCUCCAGAGGGCAUGACAGACGUGUGGCUCACCAUGCUCAGUAUGAUCAUUGGUGCCACCUGCUAUGCCAUGUUCAUCGGCCAUGCCACCGCUCUCAUACAGUCCCUGGACUCCUCACGACGACAGUACCAGGAGAAAUAUAAGCAGGUGGAGCAGUACAUGUCGUUCCAUAAGCUCCCUGCAGAUGUCCGUCAGAGGAUUCAUGAGUACUACGAGCAUCGCUUCCAGGGCAAGAUGUUUGACGAGGAGAACAUACUGGGUGAACUCAGCGAACCGCUAAAGGAGGCGAUAGUUAGCUUUAACUGCCGUAGCCUGGUGGCUCACAUGCCGCUGUUUGCUAACGCGGACCCUAACUUUGUGACGGCGGUGCUGACCAAGCUUCGCUUCGAGGUGUUCCAGCCCAAUGACUUAAUCAUCCGUGAGGGCACGAUGGGACGCAAGAUGUACUUCAUCCAACACGGACGAGUCGGCAUACUCACCCGCGGAAACAAGGAGACCAAACUCAGUGACGGGUCCUACUUUGGGGAGAUCUGUCUGUUGACUCGGGGCCGGAGGACGGCGAGCGUCAGAGCGGAUACGUACUGUCGUCUCUACUCCCUCAGCGUGGACAGCUUCAACGAGGUCCUGGAGGAACACCCCAUGAUGAGGCGGGCCUUCGAGACCGUUGCCGUCGACCGGUUGGACCGCAUCGGUAGGAAGAACUCUAUCCUGAUGAGGAAGUCGUCCCAGGCGGGUUCCAUGGCGGGGGGCAGCGGUUUGGGGCGUGGGGGUCGAGGAGGAGGGGGGGCGGGGCUAGCCAUGGGGGGGCUGGGCUCCUGUGACAGCAUGCUGGUUCAGCAGAUCGUUAAACACGACAGCAUGCCAGCCAUGCAGGAGGCCAUCGCUGCUGCCGCUGCUGGAAGGGGGGGGGCCACGGGAGGAAGUGGUACGGUCUCCCCUAGGCCCCACCCACUGAUCUGGGCUCCACUGAUCCACGCUCCGCUCCAGACAGCGGCCGCUACGACUAACGUGGCCAUCGCCCUCAUGCACCAGCAGCAGCAGCAACAGCAGCUACAACAUCAACUACAGCAGCAACAUGCGCUAGGGGGCGCUAUAUUCUUCCCCUCCAUCUCUCCAUCACCUUCCGUCUCCUUCCCUCUCUCCCCCCCGCGGCCCCCUGUCCUGCAGCCCCUGCGCCCCUCUGUGAGUUCCCUCAUUGGGAUGAUGGGGGUAGGAGGGAUGGGAGGGGGAGGGCUGUCCCCUAGAGGGGGGUUUCCUGCCUUCCCCUCCCCCUCGCCCUUCCCCAUGGCCCCCCCGGGAGGUGUGAUAUCAUCCCCUGUUGCUCAAACCCCACCCACACCGGCCUCCUCUGUCCCCACGUCGGUCCAAUUAGGAAGGACCCUGCACUACAGUCUCCGCCUCCACCCGGAACACCCUUCAGUGAUGGGUGGAACCCCAGGAAUCCCCAAGGUAGGAGGGGCCACCACACCACAUCUGUUCUACCACGUGAAUCCAACUGCAGCCACCAGUGUCAUGUCAGACACUUGCAGUUCCAUGGCUGGCCAGCAGGGGGCCAAGGAGGCACUGUUGCGUCACGGAGGAGGCAGCAACCAGGGCCUGCCUGCACUGGGGAGGCUCACCCAGGAGGCCAGACUCCGCUCCGCCUCGCAGCCCACCCUGCCUCAUCGAUCCUGGGCAAGCAUGCAGCCUCACCCCCCUCUCCAGCGGAAGGCCUCUGGAGGUAACCUGCUGCCAGCCUCGUUCCUGGCUGGGACGCAGCUAACCAGGGGUGGCAGUGUGGGGGUGUUGACUACUCCCCUACCAGUCCAAGUCCCAGCACAACGGUUACAGAUGCCCCCCUUCAAUGCACAGACACAAGCACAGACCCUGGGCUCUAUACAGACCCUCCCUGAUCCUGUCUCUACACACUGCCCUGCACACACACACACAGCCACACACACACAUCCCAUCACUGUACCUGCAGCCACACCCACCUCAGCUUCUCCCCUGGCCUCCUACUCUUCCUCCCCCAAACAAACCCCCCUCUCCUCUGCCACCCCCUCCCCUGCUCCCACUCCUUCCUCCCUCACCCCAGCCCUGCCACUGACCCCUCGCCCCAAACCCACCCCUACACCCCCAGCUCGCUCCUCCUCUCCUCCCCCCUGCUCCAUCCCUCCCUCUGCCGGAACUACUCCCCUCACCUCAACCGCUCGCUCCAAACCCAUCCCUACACCUCCCCCUCACUCUUCUUCCCCCUCUCCCUCCUCCACUCCCCCUCCCUCCUCUGUAACCACCUCUUCCCCCCUCACCUCAACCCCUCGCUCUAAACCCAUCCCUACACCUCCCCCUCGUUCUUCUUCACCCUCUCCUUCCUCCACUCCCCCUCCCUCCUCUUCCUGUUCCCACUCAGAGCCAAACCCUAACCGCAACCCCCACCCCAGCUGCAACCCCCACCCCAGCCGCCACUUCCACCCUAGCCCCAACCUCAACCUUGAUUCCCACUCCUUCUUCCACCCCGCUGUGAUCCCUCACAGACCUCCAACCUGCCCCAGGAGUCUCUAUAUCAACAUGCCCACCCCGGCCCUCCUUCCCUCCCACCUCGCUGCGACAGACACUGCCGCUGGCCUAUCGCACCGUGGCCGAACCCCCUGUGCCCUGCCCACCCCAGCGGUCCCUCUCCAGCCCCGCCAGAGCCAAUCCGCAGCGGGGUGUAAGUAG